AUGACUGAAAAAAACAAAUACAAAAAGCUAAAAGAUGCUGAUUCAGCUGACGUUCCUCGCUUGGGCACUCUUGCAACGUUUGACGGUGAACUGCCACGGUACAAUGAAAUCUUGAAUUCUCAUCUAGACGACUUGGAAAAAGGUCAUGCACCUCCGUACUCAGAAAACAGACAUCAAGAAGCGUCUACCAACAUGGCACAAGGAAGCGGAUUCUUUAUUCUUUUACGAAAUGCCUUGACGGCAUUAUUGUGGUUGAUUCUCUGGCCGGCAAAAAUUGCGAGAAUCUCCGAAGCAAAGCGGAGACAGGAGAAUGAAGUUCUUCGGCUUGGUUGGUGCUUUAUUGGUUCAAUCGUAUUGGACUUUUUCUUUUCUUACUUUUUCCUUGUCCCCUUUAUAAAGGAACCGAUGAAAGAAUCUGUAUGGACAUGGUUUCAAGCUACUGUGGCAGCUGUUCUUGUCGUCAUGACUUUCUAUAUGUUUCUAUAUGUUUGUUCAUUGUUGGUGGAUUUAGUCGUUAUAUUACUUUCUGCAAUUACCAGUGCUCUAGGCUUCAGGAUCUUGCCACCAGAGCCUGAAAACCGCUUCAACGAUCGUAGUGAUAAUACUUUCAAACAACCGUCCUCUGAACAUUCUGAGCAAUCUCCAGGGUUACGCCAGAAACCGGGUCAGUCUAGGGAUGUUGAAAGCAGUGGGAGUGAUUUAUACGGAAAGUAA